CUAGAAAUAUGUGGACGUGCCGGAUGUGUGUGUUGAGGGACUAAGUCAACCAUUACAUCACUAACUGUGUGGUCCUUAGUAGAUAGUUGGUGUGUUGGUACUUUUCUUCCUCAAGUACUGAAGACUUCAGUCUGAGUCAAGUCUAUUUAAAAGCAUAUUUCAAUGAAGAGAGACCAGUGGCAACUAGCCGGCCUUCUUCUUUUCUUCAGCAGAAUUUCAAUUUAAGAGUCCCGUUUACUUUACCCCAAAAUGGUUUACCCCAGGUAUAGCCGCCUGGACAACGUCCAGGAGAGCCACCCUCUUGAGGAUCUGACGCCAACGCUCGACAAAGACUCCAAGGAUAUCAAGAGAGCGCUCCAACGACGAACUCGUUUACAGAAGAUAAUUCUCUUAGCUGGGCUAAUUCUGUCUCUUCUAUUGAAUGUUUUCCUCGCUGUUGCAUCGAGUCGUAAUAGCAGAGUGAGCGAGGGGCCCUACUCGCCGGCCUCAUCUGCGUUAAGAAGGGUGGACGUGGUCUUCUCUAGUGGCUUCGGCAUCCAGCAGUCACUAUUCCAGGGACCUCCGUCGGAGACGAACAACAAACUGUGGGAGAGCCUUUACAACUUUGGCAUCUCCAGAGUCAAGGCACACGAAGCCCGCCAGCUCCCCAACAAGACCUUGCCAGUCCCUGACAAUGAGGGGGGUUACAUCGUGCAGCUUUCCGUCUUCCAUCUCCUACACUGCCUGAAUCUCGUGCGGCGUGGUCUGUAUGGGGAGGUUGACAUGACCAACAAGCACGAUUUGUUGGGUAUUGAGCAUCUUGACCACUGCGUUGACCAUAUUAGACAGAGCAUCAUGUGCUCCGCUGAUACUGCCGUGUUGACAUUUGCCCGCCAAACUCCCAAUGGCAGGGCCAAGGCUGUAGCCGAGGUUUUGCACGGGUGUCGGGACUUCGAGGCAAUUCAGAGAUGGGCUCUACAGCGCCAGAUCCCGGCUGAAGUUGACUUCGACGUACAUGUAAAGGAUGACCCUCUCGGCUGGGGCUCCUACGUGUACUCGCCGUGAGGGAUUGCUUGCGGCAUUUCUGGAGUUGGCCUGGUUGCGCUGCAGUGUGACCUACUAGUUGGUUGAGAGAGGCUUGUUGGCUCCCUUAGGACUCACGCAUAAUGGUUACUGCUCUUUCGACGAGCCAUUGCGUUGACGCAUGUCUGACUAU